AUGCUGUCGUUGAUUCGUACGGGAUCUCCUUUUCAAUUAGCAACACUCACUCUCAAACAAGAUAGAGAGUUUGUAUUACAGGCUUUGGAUUAUAUUGACAUUAGUUUAAAGGAGAUUUCGUCAUUAUUGUUAUAUGAUUAUGAUAUUGUAUUGAAAGCAGUGAAACGGGAUCCCUCUAAUUACGUUUAUAUUGUCAACAAGUGGAAGUCUGACAAGACACUCGUUUUAGAAAUGAUCAAAAAUUCACGCAAGCUCAAACCUCCAAUGAGUGGACUUCUUUCCAACAAAACUUUUAUUGAAAUAUUUGAAAAGCAUGUAAUACCACUCCAUAAGUCAGAUCGCGAGGUGAUAGAGUUGACCAUACGACAAGAUCCUCGUGCCCUCUUAUAUGCAUCAGAUUCUCUUAAAAAAGAUAAGCAAUUUGUGAUGAUGGCUCUCUCCAUCUCAAGUAUGUGUAUCGCUUACGCCUCGUUGGACCUCACUUACGAUCGAGACGUCUGUUUGUUGGCUCUUCGAAAUGCAGGAUCUAACAGACAUAUCGUUCUUCGCCAUAUUAACAGCUUGCUAUACUUUGACGAAGAUUUUUUGAAAGAAUGUGUUACCAUAGAUGGUUUGACUCUGUCAUAUGCUCCCAAUGUUGAAAUGACGAAGAAUAAGGAGAUUGUUCGUCUAUCCAUCCAACAAAAUGGGUUGGCUUUACAAUACGCUCAUUCUUCAUUGAGAAAUGACGGAGAAAUAGUAAGAAAAGCCAUUGAACAAGAUGGAGAAAGUAUCAUGUAUGCUUCAGAAGCAUUUCGAGAUAAUCCUGAGAUCGUACGCCUUGCCUUAAAGGGUAUUAAGAUCGCUCUCAUGUAUUGCAGUGAGAGAUUACGAGAGGAUGAGAACAUUGUCAUGUAUGCAGUGUCAUUUCAUCCAAGUAGUUUCAAAUUUGCUUCUGAAAAGCUAAAGCAAGAUUCCAAGUUUAGACAGAAAUUGCAAACAGUUUGCCCGAAUAUUAAGUUUGAGGAGUUUGGAGACCAAAUAUUAUAA